AUGUCGAACCCCCAAGAUAACCCUGGAACUCCUCCACAACCUACUCCCUCUGAUUCAUCCACCCAUCCUCCACCUAGCACUACCCCUCAACCUAGGAGAAGGCGAGUAAAAAUGCUUGCUCGCAAAAAGGUGGCAUUUGGUGCUUUAUCAAAGAAAUUGAACGAGAAACUAAAGGCAAGUCAGGACCAAGAUUCUAACUCUGAUUCUGAUUCGUACAUAUCUACUAGUGAGGGAGAAGGACCUGGGUCUUUUGACUCGGAGAAGGCUAAAAAAUCCCCUUCUAAGGAAGGAGUGGAGGUAAAAAGAAAAUUGAAAAAAGAAAAAGAGAGGGAGGGUGGAUGUGGUGGUGUAAGGGGAAAAGGGAAAGGAGUGGCUGAUUCCUCACCCACUUCUGAAUUGCAUGUACCAGCUAUUUGUGGGGUUGCUCAGGAAACUGUGGAAAAAAGUGGCAAGAAGUCAGGGGGAAGUGGUUCAGGGGAGGCUGCUGAGGGGUUAGUUGAUUUAAGUUCACAGGGAGAUGAACCUGGUUCAUCAAUUGAAGAAACCCUAGCAGACCUUUUGAAAAAGGUAGGAGCAAGUUAUUAUCCAAAGAAGAGGAGAACUCCAACACCAAAAGCCCCCUGCACUGCUAAACCUUCCAAGAAACGAAAGGCCUCCUCCCCAACAACUAUUGAAAUUCCUUUGCCAAGCGGAAGAGCCACAAGGAGUAGAGUGAAAUAG